CUCCUCUAAUCUUCUGCCUCUCGGGCGUCACCAGCCAGACCCGUGCUCGUUGCUGCACCUACACGUCCCUUGCUCUGCCUUGCUUGCGCUGCUGAGUGCCGCUCCGCUGCUGCUGCUUCCCGCACCGGCCGACGUGCUUCGGCACACGCCAGCUGCGCGAGCCUGAGCCCGCUGCCGUCGCCUUCACUGGCUGUUCACGGCACUGCUCUGCUCUCGCACUCGCUCGCACCCUGCUCGCUGCACAGCCAUGACAGCCGAGCACCCGCGCGGCGCUGCGGCGGCCGCGGCGCAGGCCAAGAAGCGCGCGCCCGUCGGCCAGCUGCUUACCGAGGCCGCCAAUGGCUCCUCGUCGCCGUUGAGCAGCGAUGCAUCGGCGGCGCCCGGUCGGCGCACCACGGCGCGCCAGCGCAAGGUGCCGUCGCGUCUGCUCUCGCCCAGCCCGCCGCCGCUGCGCAGCUGGAGUGGCAGCUACGCUAGCAAGACCAAGGCCGCAGCCGCGACGCCGACUGCGCCACAGGCCGGUCGCGGCUCAUCAGCCACGCCCACCGCGCCCGGCUCGCGCUCCAAGGCCAGCAGCAGUCCGCGCGGCCUGAAGAGCGAGCAGACCGCCGCCGAGGCUGCAGCCGCUGAAGAGGCUCUCGGUCCCGGCAAGAGGAAACGCAGACCCAGCACGAUGACCCGGCCGCCGUCCACCAUCACCACCGCUCCAGCAGUCUCUGUCUCCACGCCGGCUCCAGCGCCCGGCGCGGGCGCCACUUCGAAUGAGCGCUCCAGCAGCAUCGUGCGCAUCAAGGUGCGCCCGUCCAAGAGCGUGAGCCCGCUGCCUGGAUCCUCGGAUCCGGCCGCACCGACGUCUGCGGGCCCGAGCAGCAAGGUCCGACGCGUGCCCUCCAGCGCGUCGCUGCGUCAGCCGGCGCUGCCCUCUCUCGACGAGGUGGCCGAUGACUCGGACGGCGGCAUUGCUGCGUCGCGCGCACUGCUGCUGGCCGAGCCCGACGACGACGCCGACGACUCCGACGCCGCUGGCCCGACGCCUGAGCGGCUCCGAGCUGCGCCUUCUGUGCGCUCAUCGGCGCUCGCGCGCUUCACGCGCACGCUGAGUGGCGGUGCGGCCAUCGAGCCGCUCGAUCCUCCGCCGCUGCUCAGCCGCUCUGGUGAGAUGCGCAGCGACGGGCGCGGACAUGCGCGCUCGCGCACCCUCGACAUCAGCAUGUUCGCCUCGUCCAGUGCCGCGUCAGGCAGCAGCAUCUGGGGCGCUCCUGUCAUGCCACGCCUGGGGCGCAUGUCGCUGCCUGCUGCCUCCGUCGCCGACGACAGCGAUGGUGACGGAGACGACGAGGACGACUUCCACCAGGCCAUGCUCGACGGUGGCGACUUUGACGUGGCCGAUGACUUCAGCGACGCCGGCCGUCCCGGCUGGAAGAAGAGCCCGUAUGCCACGGGCACGACGUCUGACGAGGAGGACACGCCGGCAACGACGCCACGCAGCCCGCAGAGCUGUGCGGAGCUGCCGGUCGAGCUUGCCUCGAAGGCGUCCGCGGUCGAGCAAGCCAAGACGGCGUCGCCAAAGGAGAAGACGACCCAGGGUGCUGGCAAAGAGGCACAGGACGGCGCAGCUGCUGCCGACUCCGUCUUCGUCCACGCCCUGCCGCCGUCGUCGCGCCGUCCGCACACGCACGCCGGCUCGCUCACCCUCUCGCUGCCGUUCGACGAGGCCGACGCACCGGCCGCCGGCGACGACCUGGCCGUGGCCCGUGGCGCCACGCCGCUCGUCGAGCGCAAGACGAGCAAGGUGAUCGAGAGCGCGACACCGGCGUCUGUUGGUGCCUCGCAGCCGUCGCUCGUGGGCCUGAACCUCAGCCUGCAGAGCGACGCUGGCGACGACGCCGGACUGCUCUCGCCUGGCCACGCCCUGCUCGGGCUUGCUGCUCCGCCGCGCAACGGCAUGUCGAGCACGCACGGCAGUCCGUUCGUACAUGCCGCUGUGCUCGACCGCAUCUCCAGCCCUGCGCCACUCGCGCUUCCUCCGUCCCGCGCCAAUGUCGCCGAGACCGGCCGCGAGUCUCCGCGCCAGCGCCUCUCCAGCGCUGCGGCGGCUGCCACGGGUGGCGCCAGCGAGGAUGCUCUUCGUCCCUCGCGCUCGACCUCCCGCCGCGAUGCCGAGUCGUGGCUCGCCGAGAUGCGCUCCAUCUCGCCGCACUCGAGCCUCUCGGCGCGCCUUGAGGAGGAAGAGGACGAGGAUGUCUUUGGCCCGCCCGAGGCCAUGUGUCUCUCCGACCUCGACCGCGUGUGGGACCGCGUUGAGCGCGCACGCGGCAUGACUGUCGAGGAGCCCAUGCGCUCGUCGACGCCACUCCGCGAGCUGCACGACGUGGUCGACGUUGAGACGCCCGGUCCCUCCACCAGCGACAACGAGGUGCAGGAUGCGCUGCAGCUGCACCUCACGCCCAGCAAGGACGACGAGCAGCUGCGCAGCGCCUCCAAGCGCGCCGCUCCGCCGACGCCGUCCUCGACUGGCGCCCGCAAAACGCGCAAGUCGGCCGCCGCCGCCUCGCCCGCGACGCCGCCGCGCGCCACGCGCCGCAGCCUUGCGGGUGGCGCUGCCGUGACCACUUCGCGCUCCUCCGAGAAGACGCUGCGCCGCUCCAGCGGCCGCCGUCGGUCGCCUUCGCCCUAGGUGCCCGUGCGUGACAUCGCCGGCGCCGCCGGGCCGACCCGCGCUCCUUCGCCUUAUUCUCUCCAUUCUGCUCGCACGCACCUCAACUCCGUCUGGCGUUCUCUCUAUCCC